UUAAAAAAAGAAAGGGGAGUAUCGCUCGAAGAUGUUCUUUCUAAACGACCGUCGAUAAAACAGAUCAGUGAUCAAUAUGUUGAUAAUUUAUGGAGUGUAUUCAUUCCGUCACGUUUAAAAGAGGAAACAAAGUUUAUAUUUGUAUUUAUUUCAUGUAUAUAGUGUCACUCAUAAUUUAACACUUAAAAUUGAAGAAGAAGAAGAAGAAGAAGAAAAAAAACAGAAUAUACUUGUACUUAUGUUUGAUGCGUACAGAUCUUUUUUCUUGUUUUUCUUUCUUUGUGUGUUUAUAUAUAUAUAUAUAUAUGUAUGUAAAAAAAGAAAAACCAUAGAUCGCGAAGAGAGAGAAUCUUUCGGUUACGACGGAAUGAACCAAUCGAAUGUUAGACUUUUCCUACCAACGCUAAGAAUAUAGUAGAUAAAUUGGUUAAACUGCAGUGUCGCGUAUCGUUCAAUCUGGCGAUCUGUCAAUUACUCCUAACGAAGAAACAGCUGAUCCUUAUGAUCGAGAUAUUGAUAGAUUUGAUCCUGUCAAGAGAGAUUACAUGUGAUAUUUGCAAAGUAAAUAACCGUACAUUUUUUUAACUAAUACUCCUCGCAUUUUUUUUUUACGAAUGAUAGCGUAGGGGCAUUAUGGUAUACGCAAUGACUUUUAUCCUAUCCCAAAAAAAUGAAUGCAACUCUAUGGUGUUACUGGUUGCAACAACUAUUUUUAUUUAAAAAGUGCAUCACAUUAAUGCAACAAUAAUAUGCUAAGGUCAAAAGACUCUGAGAGCGACGGUGUUACAACUAAUACCGUACGAGUACAAGAAAGUUGUAGAGGUAAAAAAGGCGAGAAGGGUCAUGAGGAAAGUAGCGGAUGCAUUUUGAAAAACGCUCUAUUGUCGAUACAAUCCGACGAAGAAGAUUUCUUGGAAAAAGAAGCAUCCAAGGUCUUACUUCUUCAGAAAGGAUCCGAUGUUGAUGGUGAGUCUGCGACUAGUUCUUGGAACAAUGUAAACACAGACUCGUCUGUGUCAUAUGUAACUUCUAUUCCAAAUGGAAAAGAAUUUGUCAUUUUAACUGGUCUCGAGCAAGUCAAUGAUAAAGCUGUGACUACUACUAAGGGGUUGAAGCUUUAUGAUAGUUUGAUCCCUUUUGAAAAGAAUUCUAAAAUUCAACAUAGUUCAAAACAGCAUAAUAAGAUUAUACUGUUGGGUGAAUUUGUGUCGGAACAAGAGGCAAUAAUUGGUAUUAAGAACGGGGAACAAACAGAGACUACAAAAGAAGUAAAAGAAAGUAUGGAACAGAUUAAUUAUAAUAGCAAGGCGUUCGAUAGUAGUCAAUUUGAGAAAAAUGAGGCCGAUCUUAAGGAAGGUAAUAAUUGGUUGAAGAGUUUCCGACCUCUUCCCCUUUAUUAUACCGAACGAGGUAAGCCUUAUUUGAAAUGUCCAGCCUGUGGUGCUAUGUUUUUCACCUCAACCUCUUUUCAAAAACAUCUUUUUACGCAUAUGUAUAAGGAAAGAGAGACAUAUACUUGCUCGUUUUGCGAAUACACUAAUGCGGAACCUGGUAUGUUGUUCGCCCAUUUGUCCAAGCACCAAGAUCAAUGCGAGUAUUGCAAUGAAAACAUAAUGCGAAAAAGUAAUUUUGAAAAACACUGGGGUACUUGCUCUUUAAGUUUCAGUAUAAAGAGAGAUCGUAGAGGAAGAUUCAUAUGUACAAUGUGUAAACUAGUGUUUGAUUUGUUGCCCCAAUUAGAGAAACAUUGGUUUAAACAUGCUUGCAAAAAAAGGCGGACUUACCAGUGUAAAGAAUGCGGAGGAUUGUAUGGGAACAAAACAAUAUUGCAAAAUCAUAAGUGUUUAAAGUGUCCCGUCUGUGGUGAAGUUUAUGAUAGCUUACAUAGAUUAAAGGCACAUACGAUGUGGAUGAAGCAUCAUUUAAAGUGCCUCAUUUGUUCCUAUGAAUUUGUUCUCGCUAUGGAUCAUGAAAAACAUUUGGCUAUGCACAGACAAGCUUAUUUACCUAUGAAAGAGCACGCUCAUUGUUUGGAGGCAGCCGACGGGAAAUCAUAUCAAUGCGAUCUUUGCGACAAAAUAUUCUAUGCUUUAACACGACUGAUAUUACAUGUAAAGGAAGAUCAUGGAAUAGAGGAUGUUAAAAGAGAAGCUAUUAAAGAGGAAAAGGAUGAGAAGGAGCAUAACGAGGCAAGCAGCAGAUUACAAGUCGGUACAACAGUGUGGACAAGUACUUUGGCUGUGAAUCGCUACUAAUUGCUCCUGCGAACUACAAACAAUUGGUAUACAAAUCCGUAAUAAUUUUAAACACAUUUUAUACUCUUAUGAAUAUAUAUAUAAAUAUAUAUGUAUAUAUUAUAUAUAUAUAUAUAUUAUAUAUAUAAAUAUAAACACACCACAUAAUAUGUUAUAGAAAUUGAAUCGUACUGUUGUUGAAACUCAAUAUAUAAAUGUCUAUGUUAAGAGUUAGUAAGUUCCCAAAUUUAUGAUAGAGGCAUACAAAUUAUUACU